UGUUUUGAAAUUGAAUUUGCGGUCACACUGCCGCGCUAGUUCAUUUCAGUUCAUGAGCAACAUAUUUUGUUCGUCGUUUAAUUUUUGUUUUUUUAAAAUGGCUGAUACAAAGGGCUUCUCGAGCAUUGAAACACCCGGCUAUGUGGGAUUCGCCAAUCUGCCGAAUCAGGUGCAUCGCAAGUCCGUUAAAAAGGGCUUCGAGUUUACGCUGAUGGUGGUCGGUGAAUCCGGUUUGGGCAAAUCGACGCUGGUCAACAGCCUGUUUCUCACCGAUCUCUACCCCGAGCGCAUCAUACCCGAUGCCAUAGAGAAACAGAAGCAGACUGUCAAGCUGGAGGCAUCGACGGUGGAGAUCGAAGAGCGUGGCGUCAAGUUGCGUCUGACUGUGGUGGACACACCGGGCUUUGGCGAUGCCAUUGACAAUUCGAAUAGCUUUGGCGCCAUACUCGAGUACAUCGAUGAGCAAUACGAACGCUUUCUCCAAGACGAGAGCGGUCUCAAUCGUCGCAACAUUGUGGACAAUCGCAUACACUGCUGUUUCUAUUUUAUAUCGCCCUUUGGCCAUGGUCUGAAACCCUUGGAUGUGGAGUUCAUGAAGAAGCUGCACUCGAAGGUGAACAUUGUGCCUGUGAUUGCCAAGGCCGAUUGUUUGACCAAAAAGGAGAUAUUACGUUUGAAGUGCCGCAUCAUGCAGGAGAUUGAAAGCCAUGGCAUUAAGAUUUAUCCACUGCCCGACUGUGAUUCCGAUGAGGAUGAGGACUACAAGGAGCAGGUGAAGCAACUGAAGGAAGCUGUGCCUUUUGCCGUCUGUGGCGCCAACACAUUGCUCGAGGUCAAGGGCAAAAAGGUGCGCGGUCGUUUAUAUCCCUGGGGCGUUGUUGAGGUCGAGAAUCCCGAGCAUUGUGAUUUCAUUAAGCUACGCACCAUGCUAAUCACACACAUGCAGGAUCUGCAGGAAGUGACACAAGAGGUGCACUAUGAAAACUAUCGUUCCGAUCGUCUAGCCAAGGGCAGCAUCAUCAAAGGUGCCGGCGGCAAGGAGAACGGCAUCGGCAACAAGUCGGACCAUGGACGUGACAAUAGCACGCAACAAGUGGUGGCAAAUAGUGUGCUCUCGGAGAAGGAUCGCAUACUGCAGGAGAAGGAGGCGGAGCUGCGACGCAUGCAGGAGAUGUUAGCUCAAAUGCAAGCGCGUAUGCAGGCGCAAAAGUGAGAGAUUGAUAUAUAAUCGAAGGGAGAGAGAGAGCGCACGAUUGUGCAAUUUACAUAUAAAAACCAACAAAGAUAUAUAUUUUUUGUAUGCAGUUUCUAAGUUGAUCAAGUAUUUGUUUGGCAUUUUAUAUAUCAAUAUAUAUGUAUAUAUAAACCGAUAUAUAUAUAUUUAUAUACAUAUGUACAUAUGUGUAAGACAUGAUAUAACUAUAACUCUAUAUAUAUAUAUAUACAUUUAGCUAAAGUGAUUUUUAUACCUACUACUCGAAGAUGUAAAAUCAAAUCUCAAGGCAACUGAACACAUUCACACACACAUACACAUACAUACUCACUCACAUAUACACAGACAAACACACACACUCGAACUUCAUAUCACUCCUAAAAGAACCGAAAACGAUUUAUUAACUAAACUGUAUUCCUAUUAUAUGUAUUUUAGCGACAUGAUAUUAAUUAACAUUUCAAUUUUACAACUUGUAUUUGUGUACUGCAUUUAAUUUAAGUGAAACGCAUAACAAAUUCAAACCUACCAUGUUAAACAAUUCAUAUUUUAUCAGUCUCAAAUUUGUGACCAAAAAUUUAACAAACUGUUUCGUGUAUCUUUUAAUUAUAUUAUUUUUAAGUUUUUGUGUGCGUUCAUAUGCUCGAAAUGUGUUUGUAAACGAUAAGACGCAGCAAUUUACUAUAUUUUUUGUAUAUCGUAAAUGUAUUUGACAUUUUUUUUGUAUCAAUUAUUCAUUCUUGAUUCUCGCAGCAGAAAAUUGCUUAAUGUAUUUAAAAGAAAAACAAAAAAACGCGCCGCACUUAAUGUUAAUCGAGUCCUAUUUCCUCUUGCUCUGUACAAUUUAAUCCUUUACAUUGCUACUCCUAUGAAUACAUAUAUAAAUAUAUGCUUUUUAUACGAUUUACAAA